AUGACAGCUGACCAUCUUAAGAGCUUAAUUUUUGUAACUGGGUUAAAAGGCAAGCAUGAUGCUGAGAUCCGUACAAAACUGUUAGCUGGUCUAGAAGACGAUUCAGAUCAGAAAUUGAGUAAGCUAGUCAGCACGGCAGGCCGUUUGUUAAAUCUGAAAAAAGACACGGUGAUGGUCGAACAGCCAAAUAAAGACGUAAAUGCUAUUAAGACUCAGACUACCAGAAAUAAGAAGCUUGUAUCGGGUGUAAAAUUGAAGCAGAAUAAAGUUCCAAAAUCUCCAUGCUGGAAUCGCGGAGCAAUGCACUACGCAGAAAAUUGCGAAUUCAAAAAUCACAAAUGUUCGCAGUGUAGUCGCACAGGUCAUAAAGAGGGUUAUUGCAACGCGCAGAGAAAAAAACCGCAGAAAGGAGGAACCCAGAGCGGUAAAACACAAACCCAACAGCGACCGAAAAGCAACGCAGUAAAUUGCGUAAAUUUCGCCGCACGUCGAAAAUAUGUCGAGGUGGUUAUCAAACCUAUAACGUCAGCUGCAGCUGGCAGGAAAGGAAAAAGCUUCAAGCUACAGGUUGAUACCGCUUCCGAUGUGACGAUAAUUGGCAAAGAGAAUUGGGGUAAAUUGGGCAGUCCAGGAGUCAAGUUAAUUAACAGUCACGCCACGAGUGCAUCGAGGAAUAAAAUUCGCUUCAUAGCUGAAUUCACUUGUGAACUUCAGCUUAACGGGGAAGUAAAACUAAUAAAGAUUCUUGAAGCAGAGUUUGAUUCUUUGAAUGUUCUAGGUACAGAUGCCUUUGACACUUUUGGUGUAUGGGACAAGCCGCUGAGUAGUGUAUGUUGUAAAAUCAAGCAAUCAAUACCGGCCAUUGAAUCUGCAGCUAUAACGGACAUUAAGCGAAGAUAUGCAGAUGUUUUUAGCGCUGUUCCGGCCAAAUGCAGCAAGGCAGUUCAGCUACAUUUGAAACCAAAU